CUAAGUGGAAAAACGAUCGGUAUCAGAUCUGCUUGGUGCAGCAGCACACCCCGACAGAAUUACCAGAACAUCCCGAUAGAAUAACCAGAACUAUGGCAGACGAGGAGGAUGUGGUCAACCUGUACCCAGGGGAAUGUUUGCAGGAGGGUGAUGGUUUCAGCUUUCCAAAAUUUAAAGAGAAAUCAGAACGAAUAUAUAAAGAAUGUUUUGACUUCAUUGACCAUGACAAAAAUGGCGUCAUUGACAAAGCAGAGCUUAUCAAAGUGAUGCGAGGAAUAGGACUCAAUCCAUCGAAGAAGGACGCAGAGGAGUUGAUCGCAUCUGUCGCAGAAACUGGUGAAAUUCAAAACUUUUCGGAUGUUAAGGGGACUGUAUGGUCGCGGCCAUUUUUAGUCUCUAUUCGCCUCCGUAAAACAAAGAGCUUAAUUUUUAUAAAGCUACAUUGUGUGUGAAAUAUUUAAAUUGUUAAAGCUAAAAUAUUUGGAGUGAUUCAAUACUUAAUAAGUGUUUAUGACCAAAAAAUAUCAUUUUUAAAACGUUUUAAUAUGUUAGGCUAAACUAUUUGGCAGUUAUUCUUUACUUAAUGAAUGUUUAUGACCAAAAAAUAUCAUUUUUAAAAAGUUUAUGGUAGAUGUUGACCAUCGACCCUCCCCAAAAUAUAAUCCAGUAUAUACGAAGAGAGGAUGUAAAUUACAUCUGGUUGUCAAAAAUAUUUUGGUAUAAUAAAAUGAGAUAGUAAUCAUAGA